AUGCCGGUAAUAGAUGUAGAUAUAGCGGUAGCAGAUGUAAACUUGGUGAUGGUAGAUGUAAACAUAAUGGUAGUAGAUGUAGACAUAGUGGUAGUAGAUGUAAACAUAGUGGUAGUAGAUGUAAACAUAGUAGUAGUAGAUGUAAACAUAGUGGUAGUAGAUGUAAACAUAGUGGUAGUAGAUGUCAACAUAGUGGUAGAAGAGGUAAACAUAAUGGUAGUAGAUGUAGACAUAGUGGUAGUAGAUGUAAACAUAGUGGUAGUAGAUGUAGAAAUAAUGGUAGUAGAUGUAGAAAUAAUGGUAGUAGAUGUAGAAAUAGUGGUGGUGGAUGUAGAAAAAAUGGUAGUAGAUGUAAACUUAGUGGUAGUAGAUGUAGACAUAGCGGUAUUAGAUGUAAACAGUGAUGUAGACAUAGUGGUAGUAGAUGUCAACAUAGUGGUAGUAGAUGUAAACAUAGUGGUAGUAGAUGCAAACAUAGUGGUAGUAGAUGUAGAAAUAGUGGUAGUAGAUGUCAACAUAGUGGUAGUAGAUGUAAACAUAGUGAUGGUAGAUGUAGACAUAGUGGUAGUAGAUGUUAACAUAGUGGUAGUAGAUGUAAACAUAGUGGUAGUAGAUGUAGAAAUAGUGGUAGUAGAUGUCAACAUAGUGGUAGUAGAUGUAAACAUAGUGAUGGUAGAUGUAGACAUAGUGGUAGUAGAUGUUAACAUAGUGGUAGUAGAUGUAAACAUAAUGGUAGUAGAUGUAGACAUAGUGGUAGGAAAUGUAAACAUAGUGGUAGUAGAUGUACACAAAGUGGUAGUAAAUGUAGAAGAAUUGGAAGUAGAUGUAGAAAUAGUAAUAGUAGAUGUAGAACUAGUGGUACCAGAUGUAGAAAUAGUGGUAGUAGAUGUAGUAAUAAUGGUAGUAGCUGUAGGAAUAGUGGUAGUAGAUGUAUACAAAGUGGUAGUAGAUGUAGAAAUACUGGUAGCAGAUGUAAACUUAGUGGUAGUAGAUGUAGACAUAGUGGUAGUAGAUAUAGACAAAGUGUGGUGGUAG